CCGCGCACGGUGUUGUCUAUCGCUGCCCCUACGCGUCCCGUCGGGUACCCCCAGGAGCGCGAUGGCCGAGCUGUUUCCUCUGGCCGAGGAGCUGUCGUGCUCCAUUUGCUUGGAGCCCUUCAAGGAGCCCGUCACUACCCCAUGCGGCCACAAUUUCUGCAGGUCGUGCCUGGAUGAGACGUGGGUCGUCCAGGGCCCGCCGUAUCGGUGCCCGCAGUGCCGCACGGUGUACCAGGUGUGCCCGCAGCUGCACAAAAACACGGUGCUGUGCGCGGUGGUGGAGCAGUUCCUGCAGGCGGAGCAGGCACGGACGCCGGCGGACGACUGGAUCCCCCCUGCCCGUUCCGGUGCUUCCAGCUCAGCCACCGAGGUGGCCUGUGACCACUGCCUGAAGCAGCUCGCGGUGAAGACAUGCCUAGUGUGUAUGGCUUCUUUCUGCCAGGAGCACUUGAGACCGCACUUCGACAGUCCCGCCUUCCAGGACCACCCCCUGCAGCCACCCGUCCGUGACCUGCUGCGCCGCAAAUGUCCCCAGCACAACCGCCUCCGGGAAUUGUUUUGUCCCGAGCAUGGCGAGUGUAUCUGCCAUAUCUGCGUGGUAGAGCACAAGACCUGCUCCCCUAUGCUCCUAAGCCAGGCCAGCGCCGACCUGGAGAACAAACUGAGGCAUAAGCUUGCCGUCAUGUACAGUCACAUCAAUGGGGCAACCAGAGCACUGGAGGAUGUGAGAGCCAAACAGCAUAGUGUGCAGGACUCUAUGAACAGGAAGAUGGAACAACUGAGACAAGAGUAUAUGGAAAUGAAGGCUGUCAUUGAUUCAGCAGAGACCAGCUCCACACGCAAGCUGAAGGAGGAGGAGAAGAGGGUCUACGGAAAGCUGGACACCAUCUACCAGGUUCUUGUCAAGAAGAAAAAUGAGAUGCAGAGCCUGAAGGCGGAGGUUGAGCUCACCCUGGCCAAAGGGGACGAGUUUGAGUUUCUGGAGAAAGCGGCGAAAUUGCAAGGAAUGUCAACAAAACCAGUCUACAUCCCCAAGAUAGACCCAGACCAUGAGUUGAUAAAGGGCAUCUACCAGAGUGCCCUGAACCUCAAGAGUGAGCUGAAGCGCUCCCUCAAGCAGCUACAGGAGAAGAAGGCUGAGGAGCCCAUUGCCUCAGGUGACAUGGGAGAGCAUGGUUCAGAGUCUACACCCAAAUAUACACGCCCUGCGAAGAAGACCCCACAGGAAAAGAAGACCAAGAAAGCAACUGCUGCUACUGGCUCCAUUCCCAGCUCUCCCUCAUCCAACAAGCUUCCUACCUUUGGAGCUCCUGGACAGUCAAUGGACUUUAAUACAACUGCCCCUGAUGCCACACCCAAAGUCAACACCCCACAGCCAAACUCUACUGCACUCAAAGCUAAGGUGCUAGAAAACUUCUUAAGCAAAUCUAGAGCGGAGCUUCUGGAAUAUUCUGUUAAAGUCGUCUUUGACUACAAUACUGCCCACAACAAAGUGGCUCUGUCAGACAGCUACACCACCGCCUCUGUGGCUGAUGUACUUCAGCAGUACCGGUCCCAUCCCCAGAGGUUCACCUACUGCUCUCAGGUUCUGGGGCUGCAAUGCUAUAAGAAAGGCAUUCACUACUGGGAGGUUGAGCUACAGAAGAACAACUUCUGCGGUGUAGGCAUCUGCUACGGCAGCAUGGAGCGGCAGGGCCCUGAGAGCCGGCUGGGCCGGAAUGCCAACUCGUGGUGUGUGGAAUGGUUCAAUAACAAGAUCUCUGCCUGGCACAACAACGUGGAGAAAACCCUGCCCUCCACCAAAGCCACUCGAGUUGGUGUGCUUCUCAGCUGUGACCAUGGCUUUGUCAUUUUUUUUGCUGUCACUGAAAAGGUCUAUGUGUUGUAUAAGUACAAGGUGGACUUUACUGAAGCCCUGUACCCAGCCUUCUGGGUAUUCUCUUCAGGUACCACACUUUCCAUCUGCUCCUCCUCCAAGUAGGCAGGCCACUAGGCCAGCCUCAGACACUCGGACUUGCUGGGAAACAUGCAAGACUGGUUAAAAAAAAAGGGGGGGGUGUAUGUAGGUGGGAUUCUCCUUGGCAAACUUUUGAGUCCCCAACAGAUAGGAGAUUGGAAGGCGAGCUGAGGGAGAGGCUGAGAGAAUAAAAUGGGGAGUUCUGGAUCAGAAAGGGGUGGGGUGAUUGUCUUGCGGGUGGGGAAGCAUAUCUACCUCCCGGUACCCUUGAGGGCAGGAUGACCUCCUCCCAGUGUUCUGGGAAAUCUUGGGCUGCUAGCCACUUGGGCAGAGCUUCAGAGAGGAAAAAUCGUUAAUGCUUCUUGUUGUCUUACAGAAAAUCUGUAGCUAUGUUUUUUUUUUUUUCCCUUGGGUGAUGGAUGUCCACUCUCUGUGGUAGCCUUCAGACCUUUGUGUUUUGAUUAUGCUCUAGAUUUAAAAAACAAUAACAACAGAAAAGCCAGGUAUGGUGGUGCAUGCCUUUAAUCCCAGCACUUGGAGACAACAGAAGCAGGUGGAUAUCUAUGAGUUCCAGGCCAGCCUGGUCUACAUAGUGAAUUUCAGGAUAGCCAGUUACAUAGUGUAACCCUGUCUCAUAAAAACAAAAAUCCAGUCUGAGUUCAGUGUAUAUAUUAUCUCUUUGGAGCUAGGUAUUGAAUCUAGAGCCUUUAUAUGCCCUACUACUGAGAUUCAUCCUACUCUGAACUGCCAUAUAACCCUUCCUUCAAGGAACCUUUUGUAAAUAAGGCUUCAAACUCUCAUCUGAACCAGCUUGUGUCGAUUUUUGUGAAGGCAACCCUGAUCUAGUUGAGGCAGACUCUCUUUCUCUCCAAGGGGUGUCUCACCAGGGCCAUGUUGAUUGUGGCCACAGAGCUAGAGAAAGGGCUUUCUUCCCAUAGCUUGUGCUGGGAGUUGGGAUAGGGGAGCAGAACCCUGGCUGGAUUAAUAUUAGCCUGAUGGCUUUGCUCUUUCUUACUAAUGUCUUGUCUUGACAGCAGUCUUCAUAAGUAAUGCCGCCCUUUCUUUGGAUUGUAGAUACUGGGCUGUGGCUAUAAAGGCCACUUUUUGCCUUCCGGGGCUACCACAGUUAAAUGACCAUCCACACCACAUUACCAUACUCUACCGUCGUGCAGAUGGACUAUACAUGGUUGCUUCAGGAACCAUGCUAGAUCAUCCACUGAGGUGACUGCCUAUGGUGUGAGGGACCUGUGGGAGACAGACGUAUUCCUGUUUUUCCCUAGCCACAGACUACAGGCCCAGUGAUGUGUCUGAGACCCAUCACCUAACCUGGCCUGUUCUUCUGUCUUCCUUAUUUGAGCCAAUUCCGGGUGCUCAUAUAGACCGAACUGUAGGUUAGGAAGACCUUAAAGGAUAAGAAAAAAAACCAAGGAGGGUCUGGCCACGGGCUGUUUUUUCUGUGGUCUUUCAUGCAGUGAAAAUGGCCCAGGCCACUAAAGGGCAGGGAUGGAUGACUGGAAUCUCCCUAUCCUCCUUCUGUACUGAUGUCAAAUCCAGAACAUGUGAGGAUUUGGCCUCUGUGACAGGAGUCCAGCUCCCUUUCCUAAGUGGGGAGCUCCCUCUUAUAAGCCUUCCUAUGAAGAGCGGUCACCAUAGGGAAGGUAGGGCCCCUAGACCUUUCAUAUGGAAGGAUGUUUGAGAACAUAACACAUCUCAGGUCUUGUAAUGGAAUUCCAGGGCUCUUACUUAGCAUUGACAUUACUGACAGAUGUGUGAUCUGUGUCCUCUCCCAGAGGAAUAUUCUGUUCUCUGGGAGCAUCUUUGCAGAGAACAUGUCCCUGUAGAUGAUGUGUGGCCUUUGAAAGGUUAUUUUUCCUUUGCUACACAAGUUCUUUGGUGAUUCUUCUCUGAAUUUGAAGAUGCAGAUCUUCUGGAACAAAGCCUUGUUUGAAACCAAGUCAGACUUGGGAAAACAUCUCUAGGUUUAGAGAAGCAGAAUAACUGAGGAGUCCUGCUUGAACUCUUCUACAGAAAUGAAACUGACAGUCAGGACUCUUCCCAGGUUAUGUGCAGCUCAGGCUAGGAAGGCAUGUAUCCCUCGGUUUAUGAGAGAGCCAAGCAGUCAACCAAAGCCCAGAGCGGUUCCAGGUGCUUUGGAGCUGCAAGGGGAAGAAUGUAUGUAUCCGUGCUGUCUGGUACCUUUCUGUUUGUAAUGGCAAGACCUCACCUUUACCAUACACGUUUCUGGAAUCCUGUACCAUAGGGUCCUUUGCAGAACCAGGCAGGUGGGAAGGUGGUGGAUGGCUCUGUUCAGCACUCUUGUCAUUCCAACAUGGAAGAGACAUCUAACACAGGUGACAGGAAAAGACUGGGGCCCUGUGGACAUAUAGAAUUUGCCAGAAACGUAUGUAAAAUCCUAUCCUAGACCCAGGUGCUGGGUACUGUCUCAGUAACUCUGGUAUGAUAAACUAAAGGUCAAGUCCUUGUAUUAUCCAGGACUGGCUGGCUAGUCUUAUUACUUGGAGAGUGAUUUUUCGAUCUAUUACUACUAUCGAUAUGUUAUCUUUUACACCAUUUACCUCCCUCUAUUGAUUUUAGUUAAUUACUAAUGUUCUAGCUAAUGACUUCUUGAACUAAGUGUUUUAGAAGUGGUUCAUUAAGAUAAUCAUCAUAAGCAGGGCAAAGAUGAUUGUUGUACCUUACUUUGAAUACAGUGAAGCAGAAUUCGGUGUCCCUUCUGGAUUGAGGUGUGGGUAGAAGAUGUUGUCACUCAAGCUGAAACCCACUGAUAGCUCACCUCCUGAUAGCUACUACCCAGGGUCUCUGGGUGCUCAGGUCCACUCCAGCCUUAUGAUCCCUUGAACCCCACCAUAGUGUAGCCACCAUUGCAGGGAGCUUUGAGUAAAAAAUACUCAGAGAGAGGCUAUGUAAGCCUACCUUCAGGACAGUGCCAGGAUAUAUUGAUGACAACUAAACCUCACUUCAGUAACCAGCAAGGAGAGGUGGGAACCCGGGCCUUGUUUUCUUAUUCUUCCUACAGAUGCAUAUGCUUCAGCAUUUCCAUCAUGAAAAAUUAAAUAGUGAUAUGGAAAAUGGCCCAGACCAGAGAUGAAAAGCAUGCUCAUGAUCUUUUCUACAGAGGAAUAGGUGUCUUGGGAAGUGUAGAUAUUUUGUUGGCCGUUAAAGGAUUUAGCUGGCCUUUGUUCCUAGUUUGGGGUGUGUGUGUUUGUGUGUGGGGGGGUGUUAAGUCCUUGGAAUUUCCUGAGAGGAUGGAGUGUCAUUAUUAUUUGUCUGCCUUGUGGGUCAUAGUGGAAUUUUUGUCAAGAGGGGGGAUGACCCAGGAUGGCAGCUGGCCACUAUAAAGACCAGGUUGGUGAUUGGUUCGAUUGAGGCACUGAGCUCAAAGGACCCCUGCAGGGAGAAGAGGGAACUGGGGAUUGGAGUCAGUCAGAAACCUCUGGGAAUCCUGCUGGUAAAUGGUGGUUCAAAUCCAGCUCUGGUGGAGACCUAGUGCAGUUUCUGUGCAGAUGAACACAUACAUGGCUGCUGUGCUUCAGGCUGAUAUAUUCUUGUCCUGUAACGGACAGCAGGACAAGGAAGCUCUGCUCCAGAUCCUUCCAGACCUUGCCCUGUUUGUGUUUCUAUGUGACUGCUUCUGAUUAUUUUCAUUUAAAUAAAGUUCAAAUCAUAAAUACAA